AUGAGCGGACUUGCGGACGAACUACUUGCUGACCUUGACGGUCUCUCUGACGGUGGAGAAGGCUAUCCCGACGAGGAAUCAGCUGAACCCUCCGGUUCCACUCCCAAUGGCGUCAAGCGCAAGGCACCUGCUGACGGCUCUGACGCUGAGAUGUCCGACGCAGGCGAAGAAGAUCAAGGAGACGAAGGCCAGGUUGGGCUGGUAUUGGAAGGCGGCAUCAAACCUGCAGAGGAGCUCGAUGCAGAAGAAGUGCAGAGGAUGGAGCUCGGCGCGGUAGAAGACGUUAGCAAGGUUGCGAAACUGUACGGAAGCAAGAAAAUGACCGACAUUCUGAAUGAAAUCGAGAAAUACCAGGCAAACCCUAGCUCAACGACGCAGAUGGCCAUGCCGAGUCAUUCGAAUCCGGAGUACAACGUGAUUGUUCAGGCCAAUAACCUGUCGGUCGACGUGGACAAUGAGAUUCUGGUGGUCAAUAAGUUCAUUCGAGAUCACUACGCGAAGAAAUUCCCUGAGCUUGAGCAACUGGUCGGAGAUCCUACCAUGUACAUCCGCGCAGUUCGAGCUCUAGGUAACAGCGAGGACCCGACCAAAGUGGACCUUUCUGGGAUUCUGCCUCCGGCUGUUAUAAUGAGCGUACUUGUUACUGCGACGACUACUUCUGGCCAACCUCUCAGCGAGGCUGAAUGGGCAGCGACGGAGCGCGCUUGCGAUCUUGCCGACAAGCUUGAAGAGGCUCGCAAAAAGAUAUUCAUGUACGUCAGUUCGAGAAUGAAUGUCCUCGCGCCCAACCUAUCAGCUAUUGUCGGCACUACUACAGCUGCGAAACUCCUCGGCGUUGCUGGCGGUCUGACAGGCUUGUCUAAGAUGCCCGCUUGCAAUGUUCAUCUCCUGGGUGCACAGAAGAAAAUUGCGGCAGGGUUCUCAUCUGUUACCCAACGACGGCACACCGGAUUUGUGUUUCAGUCAGAGCUUGUGCAACAGACGCCACCCGAACAUCGCAUGAAGAUUCAGCGAACAGUUGGUGCCAAGUGCUCUCUUGCGUGCCGGAUGGACAUGGAAAGGAACCGUCGAGAUGGGUCAUAUGGCGAACAGUUGCGCGAAAAAAUCGAGAAACAUAUCGAUCGUCUCGCGGCGCCUCCGCCAUCCAAGGUGAUCAAGGCUCUCCCUAUACCUAAUGACGGCCCGAAGAAACGACGUGGUGGUAAACGUGCCCGCAAGGCUAAGGAGGCGUACGCCCAGACAGAGCUCCGGAAACUACAGAAUCGCAUGGUCUUCGGUGAGGCGGAGGAAGAGGUCGGUGCAUUCGACGAGACGAAGGGCAUGGGCAUGAUUGGCGUUGCGAGCGGGAAAAUACGGGCUGGUAUGGGAGAGGCGAAAACGAAAGCGAAAUUAUCGAAGGCGAACAAGCUUCGAACUGCAGCGCUUACGAGGGCAGCACAGAGUGCACAUACAUCUGGGACCGCAACAUCGUUGACUGUCACACCGGUACAAGGAUUCGAGCUCACCAACAAAGCGGCAGCGGCUGACCGUGUCAAAGCCGCAAACGAGCGAUGGUUUGCAGGCGGAACAUUCUCGUUCAUCGGGAGCAAAGGCGACACUAAAUGA